AUGCAUGUGACUCUGGCAGAGCUGAAGGAAGCUUUGUCAGCCAAGAAGUUGUCGAGCUUCAUGGAGUCCAUGGGCAUUUCCACCCAGGAUGUCAGCACCCUUUUCAUGAUUAUCGAUACGGACAAGAGUGGUAUGAUUGACCUUGAAGAGUUUGUCUCGGGCUGCAUGCAGCUGCAUGGUCCAGCCAAAAGCUUGCAGCUUGCACAGAUGAGCCACGAGAACCGAGUGACUCGCCAGGCGCCGGGGUAUUGGAAGGUCCCUGAAAAGUUGCAGGACGCAUACCAUUGGUCAGACUCGGUCUUUGCCCCUGCAAAUCGCAAACAUUCGCAAACCAUAUUGGGACUGAUCCUGAUAUGCUGA